AUGGGUAUCAGUCGUCGUCCAAAGGGUGAUAAAAAUGCCUCUGCAGGAGAGAGUGCCCAGUCGGGAAAGCCGAAUAUCCAGAAGGCCCAGUUCGAUACAACUAAGAAGAAGGAAGUUGGUGUAUCCGAUCUUACUUUGAUCAUGGGCAUUUAUACAGAUGCAGUCUUGGAUAGUUACAAAGGCAAGAACCGUCUGGAGAUGCCACCUCAUGUCUUCGCCGUUGCAGAAUCUGCCUACUACAAUAUGAAUGCAUACAAAGAUAAUCAGUGUGUUAUUAUUUCCGGAGAAUCUGGAGCGGGAAAGACCGAGGCAGCGAAGCGGAUCAUGCAAUAUGUAGCCAAUGUUUCCGGAGGCAGCAACUCAUCCAUUCAGGAGAUCAAAGAUAUGGUUUUGGCGACAAAUCCUUUGCUAGAGUCGUUCGGUAAUGCGAAAACAUUACGAAACAAUAACUCAUCUCGUUUCGGCAAAUACCUUCAACUACAAUUCAAUGCGCAAGGAGAGCCGGUGGGCGCGGACAUAACAAAUUAUCUUCUGGAGAAGACGAGAGUAGUCACUCAGAUUAAGGACGAGCGGAAUUUUCACAUAUUUUACCAAUUCACCAAAGGGGCCUCGCAAUCAUAUAGGGAGAACUAUGGCAUCCAACAACCGUCGCAGUAUGUCUACACAAGUAGAGCCGAGUGCUUCGACGUUGACGGGAUUGAUGAUCUCGCUGAAUACCAGGAUACUUUGGAUGCCAUGAAGAUUAUCGGUUUGUCGCAAGCUGAACAGGACGAGAUAUUCCGCAUGCUAGCUGCUAUCUUGUGGACGGGAAAUAUCCAAUUCCGCGAAGAUGAUGAUGGAUACGCUACAGUUGUCGAUCAAUCAGUUGUUGAUUUCUUAGCCUAUCUUCUUGAUGUUGAUGCCGGCCACGUUAUCCAAGCCAUUACUAUUAGAAUCCUCACUCCUAGAAAUGGGGAAGUCAUCGAGUCACCUGCGAAUGUUCCGCAAGCAAUAGCCACAAGGGACGCUCUCGCCAAAUCAAUAUAUAGCAACCUCUUCGACUGGAUUGUCGAGCGUGUCAACAAAUCUCUUAUUGCUCGAGCAGAGACAUCGAACUCGAUAGGUAUUCUUGAUAUCUAUGGAUUCGAAAUUUUCGAGAAGAACAGUUUUGAGCAGUUGUGCAUCAACUACGUUAAUGAGAAAUUGCAACAGAUCUUCAUCCAGCUGACUUUGAAGACCGAACAAGAGGAAUAUGCCCGGGAGCAGAUUCAUUGGACGCCGAUCAAGUACUUCGAUAACAAAGUUGUCUGUGAUCUAAUCGAAGCUGUUAGGCCUCCAGGUGUAUUCUCCGCCAUGAAAGAUGCAACCAAGACAGCUCAUGCUGAUCCAGCUGCAUGUGACCGGACUUUCAUGCAAGCAAUUAGUGGAAUGUCAAAUCCUCAUCUUACCCCUCGACAAGGUAACUUUAUCAUCAAGCAUUAUGCUGGUGAUGUGAGCUAUACUGUGGAGGGAAUUACAGAUAAGAAUAAGGAUCAACUUCUCAAAGGCUUGCUCAAUCUAUUUGGGCAGAGUAAAAAUCACUUUAUCCAUGAACUGUUCCCCCAUCAAGUUGAUCAGGAUAACAGAAAGCAGCCUCCGUCUGCUGGUGAUAAAAUCAAGGCCUCUGCGAAUGACCUAGUGGCAACUUUGAUGAAAGCAACACCAUCGUAUAUCCGCACAAUCAAGCCGAAUGAAAACAAAUCACCCACAGAAUACAACGAGAAGAAUGUCCUGCAUCAAGUCAAGUAUCUUGGCCUUCAAGAGAACGUUCGAAUUCGUCGUGCCGGAUUCGCAUAUCGUCAAACAUUUGACAAGUUUGUUGAACGAUUCUACUUACUUUCCCCCAAAACCUCUUACGCCGGCGACUAUAUAUGGACAGGAGAAUCAAAGACUGGAGCCAUGCAAAUUUUAAAAGAUACCAAUAUACCCACCGAGGAAUUUCAAAUGGGCGUGACCAAGGCAUUCAUCAAAGCUCCUGAAACCUUAUUCGCUCUAGAACAUAUGCGAGAUCGUUACUGGCAUAACAUGGCCGCUCGAAUUCAACGUGUGUGGAGGGCGUUUUUGCAAAUCCGAAUCGAAGCUGCCACUCGGAUUCAGAGGAUGUUCAGAAAGAAGAGAGAGGGCAAGGAAUUCUUGGAAUUGAGAGAAAAGGGACACCAAGUUCUACAAGGACGCAAAGAGAGAAGAAGAUACAGUCUCGUUGGUUCAAGACGUUUCAUGGGCGAUUACCUUGGAAUCGCAGCAACCACUGGCCCUGGAUCAAAAAUUCGUGGGUCAAUCAAUUUGCCAGCCAACGAAGUCACUCUUUUCUCCUGCCGUGGUGAAAUUCUUGAGACAAAAUUUGGUCGAUCAAGUAAGCUUAGCCCUCGCAUCUUUAUCAUGACGCGGGCGAAAUUUUACAUCGUCAGUCAACAGCUUGUCAAUAAGCAGGUUCAAAUUGCUUUGGAGAAAGCUAUCCCCCUUGGAGCCAUCAAAUUUGUUAGCGUAUCGACGUCUCGCGAUGACUGGUUUUCCUUAGGCGUAGGCUCACCACAGGAAGCCGAUCCACUUUUGACCUGUGUGUUUAAAACUGAACUUUUGACACACAUGCAAGGGGCUAUGCCUGGUGGCGGGUUUAACUUAAAGAUAGGAGACUCGAUCGAGUAUGCCAAGAAGCCUGGCAAGAUACAGUUAAUCAAGGUCGUCAAAGACUCUCAACAACAUCAAGAUCACUACAAGAGUCAUACUAUCCACACACAAGCAGGCGAGCCACCCAAUUCUCGAUCAAAGCCCAUGCCGAAAGGCAAGCCUGUCGAGGCGAAACCAUUCACCAAAGGUCGUCUCAUCAAGCCUGGAGGGCCUGGAGGACGACCAUCAAAACUGACGAACGGAAAUCGACCAACUCCCAAGCCAGUCCCUGCACUGGCUGCAGCAAGGCAUGUACUUACACCCGCUGCAGCAAGACCUGUACCUGCCGCCAACCCUGUUGCAGCCUCCAUUCCAGUGCACACGAGAAAUCCUUCGGCACAAUCGACAAAAUCUAAUCGAGCCAUGCCACCUCCUCCACCACCCGCUCCACCCGCUCCUCCUCCGGCUCCAGUAUUAAGGGAACCUCAAUACCGUGUACUCUACGCAUUCGCUGGACAGAGUGCUAAUGAAUUCUCCUUGAAGCAGGGUGAGAUAGUGACUGUUCUACAAAAGGAGACAAAUGGUUGGUGGCUUACUAAAAAUGUCCGUGGUCAAGGUUGGGCACCCACUGCUUACCUCGAAGAAGUGGCGCCACCACCACCUGUCGCAGCUCGUCCAACACCACCUCCACCACCACCUCCUGGACCUCCGAAGAUGAAUGGUACAAACGGUGCUGCCAUUCGCUCUAAACCUACUCCUCCUGCACCACCGGCCAAACGUCCAGCAGCCGGUCGGAAGCCAGCUCCUCCCCCUGCGCCUCGCGAUUCUGGUAUGAGCAUUUCUAGUAAUGGAAGUGGCAACAACAGCGGGCGAAGCACUCCAACCCCAAGUUUAGCCGGCGGUCUAGCCGAAGCCUUACGAGCGAGACAAAGCGCAAUGCAAGGUAACACUAAAAAAGAAGACGAAGACGAUUGGUAG